CAUACGUUCAGUUGUUAACAGUUUUGUUUUAAUAUUUGAUAAGUUUCAAGUCAGUUAGAUUAAUUUCAACAUGCAACAAAGGGAAGAAACCAGUUUUCUACCAAAGGAUCCCUACCAUACACCUGGGUAUGGUGGAUUCUGCCCCCAAUUUAAAUACCAAAUUGGACAAACGUUUGGUCGAACAACUCGACGUCUGCUUCAAGACGAAGAAGUGCCAACUUCCGGUCGACUGGUGCUGUCAGAAAUCAGACGACCGAUAGAUCAAGAUAACCAAGAAGAGAUGAAGAAGGCUGAUUUGUUCAGAUCUAGGGGCAGAAGUUUGGGCGAUCAGAAACUAACAGAGAAAAUGGUCCCCGGAUACACUGGCUUCAUUCCCAAAAGCCAGCAUUAUUUUGGUAACCGAUAUGCUGUCAACUGUAGAAAUUCUAUCGCUGAUUUUGAAUUUGAUCAUCAAAAGCACGACCAAAAGCUGCGAGAACUAAAAGUUAUUGGUGAUGUACAAACUGGGAAAUUAUUACCAUCUCCCGAAUUACCCCCCAUUAAGAGUAGAUACGUAACACCAUUGAAGAGAGUAACUAUUGAACCAGUAUCAGCGAGAGUCCCGGGAACAGCUCGUUCUGUACAAGCACCUGUUUCACCCUAUCAGUUACCCAAUGAAGAUCCCAUGAAAAACUUUAUGUCAGGAUAUACAGGAUUUGUACCAAGAUCACGUGGUAUAAUUGGAAUGAGUUAUCCCAUCAUAACCCACGAAGCUUUGAACACAUUCUCCAAUGAAACCUACAGAUCUAAGAUGUUGAGUCAACAACCAGUCAACCUCCAUCAAGAAGAGCAGAAGAUUGUGAACAUGAAACAGAUCUACCCCAAAGAAACUGGUUUGGUUCCUCACUAUACUGGUCACAUUCCUGGUCAAAAAUUCCGAUAUGGUAACACAUUUGGUCAUGGAACAGAGGAUGCUUUACAUCAUGCUUUGACACAAAGUUCAUAAAUUGUUUGUUUAUUGUUGGGGAAAAUAGUUUUCAGUUUCACAAGGUCUAAAAGCAGCAAUGAUUACCACAAUAAUUUCACAAUUAACUCAAUUAGUGUUAUUUGUUGGAAAACACUUAAAACUUGCAAAGUUAAUUAGGUAGUUAUAAACAGUUUUUAAAUUUAAUUUAUGCCUUAGAGACUAAAUCAUUUAAUAUCAAUUUACAUUGAUUUUUUAUAUUUUUAUCUACAUAUAUUUAUUUCAAGAAUAUUAAUGCUCAAAUUAUAGAGGCUUAUCUGUGAUAAUUUGUUAAUAAAAAUACUGUAAUUAUAUUGUAUUGUAAAUAGCCUAAUCUUGAAAAUGCUGUUAUAAUUUCCUAAAUGUUGUUGGAAAUUAUGAUGGUACCUAAUUACUUUAACUGCUUUCGGAACUUAUUCUCUUAACACUUAACACUCUAAGAUAAAAAUCAAGAUUUAUAGAAAUCCAGUUAUCUGAUUGGAUAAUAAAAUCGAUUUUAGUGAUUGGCCAAUCAGAUAACUAGAACCCUGUAACCAUUUGAAGAUUUUGAGAUUAUUGGUAAUAAUUUAAUACCAUAGUUAACAAUCAACAGGCACUUAAAAAAUUUAAUUUAUAUAUUAAAACAAUACUUUUCAAUAUAUAAAAUUAGAUAUUGUUUCAAAUUCAAUUUUAUUUUUUCGAUCAGCAGAAUCAGUCCUGUGUCAACCACCCUCUGAUUUGUACCAAUUUCGUACCUAUUUUAAUUAGCAACUGGCAGUAUUAUGUACAUUUAUUUUGUAUUUAUUUGUAUAGAUUUAUUUUUGUAUUUAUAUUGUUAUUGUCAAAAGUGUAUUUAUUAUUGUAAAUUGUGAUCUUUCAGAACUACAAACCAUAGCUUGGGUUAAGUCACUGAAAAUCUCAUCUUUACAAUGUCAAACUAUUACAACUUCGUACUAAUAGCUUGACAGUGUGAAGAUGUAAAAAUCCCAACACUGGUUUCAAUAGAAAGGGUAUUACAUUGUAUAAUGUUGGGCCACAAUUCUAUUUUUAUGAUACUGUACAGAAAGGAUUUAAUCAAAAAGAUUUUAAUUAUAACAUAUUUAUUUUGUUAUUUUAUCUUUUUAAAUUCUUUCUGACUACUUUCGCUUUACUCAAUAAAUUUUUUUUUCAUGUAAU